AUGCAAGAUUUCCACGCUUCCCUUGUCGCUUCUCUAGCUUCUGUCGUUAUUUUCGCUCCAUUCGAUGUAGCUAGGACUAAACUCAACUUGAAUAAUCAACCACUUCCAUAACUUCUUUCAAAUAUAUAUAAAACUGAGGGAGUAAAAGGGUUUUAUAGAGGUUUGGCAAUGUCAGCCACAACAACUCCUCUCUCUGUCUCACUCUACCUCUCAUUAUAUUCAAAGGCUAAAAACUUUAUGAAAAGUCACUGCGAGAAUAAUAUUUUAUCUAAUAUAGGCGCUUCAGUAGCUACUGGCGUAGUAUGUAAUACAAUUACCAACCCUCUUUGGUUACUUAAAACAAGAAUAUAAACUUCUAACAAAGGUUUAUUUUAAAAUGCUUCUGAAAUUUAUUAUAAAGACGGAUUAAGAGGUUAUUAUAGAGGUCUCGGAACAAGUUUCCUAGGAUUAAUUCACCUCGCUGUGUACUUCCCACUUUAUGAAACAUUAAAAGAUACAUUAAAUUCAUCUUAUUAAGAUAGUACAACUUAAAAUAUUCUAAUAGCAAGCUCAGUGUCAAAGUUAAUCUCUUUGAUUGUUAGCUACCCAAAUACUGUUUUGAUGACUAAAAUUCAAACUGGAAUGGAAAAUAUUUCAUUCUACUCUUUGGUUUAAUAAACUUAUCAAAAAUAAGGAUUAUCCGGCCUCUUCUCAGGCAUCAAAGUAGAAGUCGGCAGAUCUCUUCCUGCAAACGCUUUGACUUUCAUGUUAUACGAAAGUUUAAAAUAAAAACACAUUUUGAGAUUAGCUUGA